GGCCUCCCCGCUCCCCAUGCUCUGGUAUAGAGCCUGAUUGUCUGCUUGACAUGCUUAAUGUUUGUCUGUCGGUGUUCCACUGCUAACAACCAGCGCGACUGACACAUAGAUGCAUGGAGACGGGCGUGUUGCUCCACACAGGAGCUCUCCCUGACAGCAGGCAGAACUGAACUGAAAAGACGAAAACAGCAGAUGAGCAUUAAAUGUUGAGGAGUGUGCGUGCUCUCUUAGAGGCGUUCUGUGUUUGAGGGCAGAGCUUUAGCAUUUGUUUUCCGUUUGCUGAACUGCACAGCUGUGUUCCUGUGGGGAGAUAGAACCUCCUUUGUGUAUCCCUCCAUCGCUUAACACUUGCUUAACGUAAACUUGUGUCCAACAUGUGGGAGUUCAGGUCCAUGUCUUUCUGGCGGGCAGUGUUCGCAGAAUUCUAUGGCACCAUGUUCUUUGUCUUCUUUGGACUCGGGGCAGCCCUGCGUUGGACCACAGGCUCCCACAAUGUUCUCCAUGUUGCCUUUUGCUUUGGGCUGGCGGCUGCCACCUUCAUCCAGUCCAUCGGCCACAUCAGUGGAGGACACAUCAACCCAGCUGUGACUUUUGCUUACCUGAUUGGCUCACAGAUGUCCCUUUUCCGGGCAUUCUUCUACAUUAUAGCCCAGUGUCUUGGAGCGCUGGCUGGUGCCGCUGUGCUCUAUGGAGUCACACCGAUCAAUAUGAGAGGAAACCUGGCGCUAAAUCAGCUGCAGCCGGGCAUUAGCCUGGGCAUGGCCACCACCAUGGAGGUCUUCCUCACUCUGCAGCUUGUCAUCUGCAUCUUUGCCGUGACAGAUGAGAGGCGCAACGGACGCAUGGGCUCUGCUGCCCUAGCCAUUGGCUUCUCCGUGCUCAUGGGACAUCUUCUCGGGCUGUACUACACGGGAGCAGGAAUGAACCCAGCGAGGUCUUUCGCCCCCGCUGUCCUGAUCAGGAAUUUUGUCAACCACUGGGUGUACUGGGUGGGGCCCAUGAUUGGUGGCGCUGUUGGUGCUCUGCUAUAUGACUUCAUGCUGUUCCCUCGUAUGCGCAGCCUCUCUGAGAGGUUGGCCACGUUGAAGGGCACCCGAUCCCCAGAGGCAGAAGGUCUGCAGGAAACCAGGGGAGAACCCAUCGAGCUCAAGACACAGGCCCUAUAAGCCUAAGGAGGAGAGGAAGAUUUACUUUAUGACACCGGUCCCGUCACAACUUGCACCCUCGGUUCCCAGUCCACCCAUUUCUGCACACAUACAUCCUCUCCCACGCGACAACAGAUCCUGAUCCCUCAGAGUAGAUGAACACAUUUGUCUCCAUCGUUCUGAGGCCCUCAAAGUCUCCAGCGUGCCGCCUAAUUUCACCUCUACACACCCUUCCUCCUCCUCCUCCUUCCCCUUGGACUGCUAGACAGCGUCAAAGGUUUAGACACGUCACAGAAAGGAGUCGCUCACACUUGGCUGACCAGGUGGCUCUAACUGCUCAUGGCGAGGGACUUUUUUCUUCCUUUCUUCUUUGUAGUCUCCUAGGAGUGAAGCUACAGUAGCGCAGUGGUCUUCUGCAUGCUUUUCAUUUUGAUCUCAAACCAUUUAGUUUGAACAACUUUGGCUAAAUUACGUGCACAUAUUUUCUUUGGCUCGCAUAUUUGUGGUUCAAAAAACUGUGUGCAUGUGAGUGUACGAAUGAGGCUGUGUGUGUGUGCAUGUCUGCACGUGUGUGCUUGUUUUUUCACUGCCUCAGUCAUGUGCCUGUCCUUUCUUUA